UGUCAGUUGCUAUUACGUCUUAUAAAAAGUCGAGAGUUUUAGCUUAUUCAAAAAUGUCGGAGACUAAUCAAGAAGAACAACCACGAACUCACAAGAGAAAAAAGUCGGGUACUAAUGAAGAAACACGCAAAAAAACUCGAAAGAAAAUCAACAAAAGAGCCAUUGUUAUCAAAGUUUUGGGUAUAAUAUGGAAUUGCACAUUUGGUGUCUUAUUUUAUUUAAUCAAGAAAACGCAAAAGAAGAAUUUGGUUGUGCGCUAUUAUUCGAUACGAGAAACAAGGGUUAACCUAUUGCAAUUUUGUAUGUAUCUAAUCUCUAUGAUUUUAGCUUUGAUGGUAUGCCAAGGCAAUCGUUAUACAUCCAUGUAUUAUUCUAAUGAUGCCAUGUGUCAUCGUCUGGCCAAAACCCAUUUUAACGUAAAUGCCAGCGAGAGAAUAACGUAUAAGGAUGUCAAUUCGUAUAAGACCUUUUACAUAUUUAUAAAAGAAGUAGUGCUGUCGCAAAUGAAUUUUGGCGAUUUUCAGCCAAAGGAUCGCGCUUCUGUGUUUACUAGUCCCAGCGAUACGACACAAUUUGAUGCAUUGUUUGGAGAUGUAUCCAAUCGCACCGUCUUACAUGGCAAUGUUUUCUUAGGUCCACCACGCUUGCGUCAGGUGCGUGUGCUGCCUGAAGAAUGUGAAAAGAACUCGGAGUUUUCGGAGUAUUAUAAUCUAUGCUUUCCCGCUUAUAGCUGGAGAGUUGAGGAUAAAAGAGAGUAUAAGGGUGCAAAAUGGAUGAGUAAUUAUGAACGCGCUACCGUGCCCAUUUGGACGGAGGUGGAACUGUAUUAUGGCUCUGGGUAUACGUAUGAUUUAACCUACAACUACGACACCAAUAUGCAAUUGAUAGAAAACCUAGCCGCUUCACAUUGGCUAAAUCGUGGUACACGUCUGGUCAUACUGGAGUAUAGCUUCUUUCAUGUCAAUACCAACAUAUUGCAAGCCGUCAGAUUUAUGCUGGAGUAUCUGCCUAGCGGCGGCUGCAUAAGCAGCUACAAUUGUCGUCCUAUCAGACGUGCCUCCCUCUUUAAUGAUCCGAAUAUGGUUUCGUUUGUUUGUUGUUAUUUAUAUAUUAGCUGUGUUGUGCUAAAUACCAGACGUGAGUUUCGCCUCAUGCUGAAAAUGGGCUUCUUCAAAUAUUUAUCAUUUUGGGUUAACUUUUGCGAUUUGUUUGUGCUUGUGUUAACUUAUUUGUUGUUAAUAUGCCACGGUUUGCAUCAAUAUUAUGUGGAGCGGGCUUUAGAAAGAGUUAAGGUAGAGGAUACAUUCAUUAGCCUGGAAACAUUCGCGCAUAUUAACCUUAUUGCAAAUAAUUUGGCUGGCUUUAUUACGCUUUUUCUUUGGAUACGCUUAAUGCACUUCAUUGUGUUCAAUCGCAGCAUGAUGAUCUUCCUCCUAGUUAUUCGCCGCAGCGCUAGGGAGAUGCAUGGAUUCUUUUUUUUGUUCUUUGCCGUUUUCUUGGCCUAUGCUCAGUGUGGCAUUAUUCUCUUUGGCAACAAGAAUCGUUACUUUCGUAAUCUACUGAUCUCCAUGUGGACCAUGGCGCGUUGGAUUGCUGGUGAUUUCAAAUACACCGAUCUUAAGAAAUCGAAUCCAACUUGGGCUGCCAUAUAUUACGUAUCGUUUGUCUCCUAUGUUUAUAUCGGACUCCUGCAAGCCUUUCUCGUCAUAAUCAAUACCACCUACGAUGAGGUCAAGAGUGGUGUUCAGACACGUCCCUCCCAAUUGUGGGCUACCAUCACGUUGUUGUUCAAGAAACCUUAUUAUUGGAUAAGGCGUAAAAUGAUGGAAAAUCCAGAUGUGGAUGCUCAAGGUGCUUUCCAAUCCGACCACCGCAUUGAUCCCAAGCUCGCUGCUGUUUUGGCCAGUCAACGCCACAUGGCGCAAAGAAACACACCAAAUUUGAUGCCUACUGAAUAUUUGCCAGGACGUUUGAAGCGCCAACGCAAGCGCAUGGAUAUAUUGGAAGAAAUUGCUGCUGAACAGCUGAUUAGAAUAAAGUCCUAUGAACAGAAAUUAAUAGAAAAAUUAAAGGAGUAUAAUUAGUUAAAGCUCAUCAAGAUGAUUGCAAUUUAUUUUGCAUUUUAGCUUUGAU